AUGAAUAAAGCUAUUGAAUUGAUUAUACUCUGUAUAUUCAUGACUAUUACUACUUUUGGUAGUAGCAUAGUCCCAUUAAAGAUAUCUAAUACUUCAUAUACUAAUAUUAAUGUGUUGUCUCAUUUGAGUGCUGGCAUAAUCUUAGGCACGGCAUUUAUGAUUAUAAUACCAGAAGGUAUGGAAAUGAUGCAAGAAAAUAUAAAUAGUUUGUCAGUUGGUCUACCGUUGAUAUUUGGAUUUAUUACAAUGUAUGGUCUUGAGAUAUUCACAAAUCAUGCAAGUUUCAAACAAAAUACGGUUAUGGACUCAUUAUCACUAAGUUUUAUCUUACAUGGAAUUGUAGAUGGUAUUUCAUUAGGUUCAUCAUUCAUAAUUGAUUCAGAUAUGAGUUUAUUUAUUUAUUUAGCUAUUAUUAUUCAUAAAUUGCCUACUGCUUUUAGUUUAUCUACUUUAUUAAUGAAGAAUGGUUUAUCUUUAAAUAAAAUAUAUUGGCAAUUAUGUUAUUUUGCAUUACUGACCCCAUUAUCAUCAAUUAUAAUCUAUACAAUAUCAAGUAUAUUCAAAUUUGAGAAUACUGGGCUCUUCAUUGGUUUAUUAUUUUUGUUUUCGGGUGGUAAUUUCAUAUAUAUAAUUAACCAUAUUCAUAAUGAUGAUGAGUUUGAAGAAUUACCAACUACAGAAGAGAGUAAUACUACAGUCACACCAAAAUCUGAAACUAGAAGGAUAUAUUGGGAAUUAGCUGGUCUAAUUAUUCCUAUAUUAUUAAGUUUUAUCAAAGAUUGA